AUGCAAGUUCUUGUCUUGAGAGGUAAUAAACUCAAUGGGACGUUACACACAUCCAACACCGAAACCCCGUUUCCAAAGCUGCGAAUUCUUGAUCUAUCUAGUAACGAGUUCACGGGUCUUUUGCCUUCAAAAUACUUCACGAACUUUAAAGCUAUGAUGAGCGUGGAUGGCGCUGCAUCCGGAGAGUUCUACAUGGAUGGAAAGUCCAUGUAUUAUGAUACAGUGGAGCUAGGAGUGAAAGGAUUGAGACUACACCUAGAGAGAAUAUCAGUCGUCUACAAUACUAUAGAUCUUUCGGUUAACACAUUUGAAGGGGAGAUACCCGACACGAUUGGACAGCUAAGAUCACUUCGGUUUCUCAACCUAUCGCGUAACAGUCUCACGGGUAGAAUCCCGACAAACUUAACAAACCUUGUCCGGCUUGAGCAUUUAGAUCUUUCUUCUAAUAAGAUGGUAGGAAAAAUUCCUGGACAACUUGCAAGUCUGACGUUUCUUGUAGUUGUGAACUUUUCGCAAAAUCAGCUUCAAGGAGCUAUACCUAAAGGUGGACAGUUCAAUACGUUUGAUGGUAGUUCGUUUCAAGGGAAUGAUGGGUUAUGUGGAUUCCCAUUAACAAAGAACUGUGGAGACGAUGGUGUGUCAUCCUCUCUGAUGCCUGGAGAAGAUGAGGAUGAGGAUGAAGACGAAGAUGAUACUUUCUUUAAUGGGUUUUCUUGGGAAUCUGUUGCUAUGGGAUAUGGAUUUGGGAUGUUAAUUGGAUUGGGUAUCGGAUGGUUUGUGUUUUAUUUGGGAAAGCCGAGAUGGGUCAUUAGGAUUACUGAAAAACAGCCAAUUCAGACAUGA